AUGAAUUCUCUCACCAUAUCUUCCCAUCAAAGCAUCUUCACCCACAGAUUUCUUCCUUCGACCCAAAAGCUUCUCUUCUUAGCCACCUCCAAUGGCGAAAUCAUCAAAAACCACCGUCGCGCCGCUGCGCUACUUGACCCUGCGAACAUUCCGUCACUCAAUGGGGCAAAAUCUUUCCACGCUCUCGUCACCACAAUGGGCUCGUUCCCAAAUCAAGACCCUGUUUUCCUUUACAACAAUAUCAUCUUUAAAUACACAUCCCUCGGCGAGAUCGAUAUGGCCCGCAAGAUGUUCGAUGGAAUGCCACAAACAAACGUCGUCUCCUAUAAUACCAUGAUAGGCUGCUACUGUCGGGCCGGGUUCAUACACGUCGUCUCCUAG